AUGGACGGCGAGGAGUUGACGGAGCACGAAACUGCUCUCUAUGAUCGCCAAAUUCGAGUUUGGGGCGCCGAUGCUCAAAGAAGGCUAAGCAAGUCUCGUAUUCUCGUCAGUGGACUAAAAGGCACUGUGAUCGAGUUUUGCAAGAAUGUUGUGCUGGCAGGAGUUGGUAGUUUAACAUUGAACGAUGACCGGAUGGUGUCCGAUGACUUACUGUCAUCCAACUUUUUGAUUCCUCCUGACGAAAAUGGGUAUGCGGGGAAGUCUCUUGCGGAGCUCUGUUGUGAUUCUUUGAAAGAUUUCAACCCAAUGGUUCAAGUUUCGGUUGUGAAAGGUGACUUGUCCAGCUUUAGCGUUGAUAUCUUUGACAAGUUCGAUGUUGUAGUCAUCAGUUCUUGCUCACUUUCAGUAAAACAAUCAGUUAAUGAGAAAUGUCGCAAACUGUCGAAGCGUAUUGCAUUUUAUACUGUGGAUUGUAGAGACUCUUGUGGUGAAAUAUUUGUUGACUUACAGAACUACGUCUACUCCAAGAAAAAGGGUGAUAAAAAGGCUGAGUGCCUUCUUCAGUAUCCUAGUUUCGAGGAAGCUAUUUCAGUCCCCUGGAAGUCUCUUCCUAGGAGGGUGUCUAAGUUGUACUUGGCCAUGAGAGUGAUAGAGAGGUAUGAGGAACUUGAAAACCGCAGUCCUGGGGAAACUUCUGCCUUGGAUUUGCCGAACAUUCAAAAGCUGAGGAAGGAACUUUGUGAGGCAAAUUCUGUGGAUGAAUCUCAAAUCCCGGAUUCCCUACUCGAGAGAUUGUUAGAAGGUAGAAGAGAAUUUCCACCUGUUUGUGCUGUUGUUGGGGGAAUACUCGGACAGGAAGUUAUCAAGGCAAUAUCAGGGAAAGGAGAUCCUCUGAAGAAUUUCUUCUUCUUUGACGCCAUGGAUGGAAAAGGCAUAAUCGAAGAUAUAUCUAAACAGAAAUCUGGAAAAGGCAUAAUUGAAGAUGUUUCUAAACUCACAUCGGGAGACAGUUUUGUUGCUAUCGUUUAG